AUGUCUCUCAAACCCCUCACUCUCUGGACCCUUCGGGGUCACGCUGGCACGCCUAACCCCUGGAAGGUUCUCAUGAUCCUGGAAGAGCUCCAGGUUCCCUACGAGCCUAAGCUGGUCGAUACCACCGACCUAAAGAAGGAACCCUACGAAUCUAUCAAUCCCAACGGUCGUGUUCCUGCCCUCGAAGACCCUAAUAGCGGAAUUACCAUCUGGGAAUCCGGUGCCAUCCUUGAGUAUCUAGUGGACACAUACGACAAGCAACAUACCAUCAGUUUCACUGCCGGUUCAAAGGAGUACUACGAAAGCAAGCAGUGGCUACACUACCAGGUAUCCGGCCAAGGACCAUACUUCGGGCAGGCCACCUGGUUUACAAUAUACCACCCUGAGAAGGUACCCAGUGCAGUCGAUCGCUAUGUUAACGAGAUCCGUCGUGUUUUGGGCGUGCUCAACCGAUCGCUUCAGAACAAGGAGUACCUCGUUGGUGGAAAGUAUAGCUAUGUCGAUGCUGCUUUUGUGCCGUGGUUUGAGGUGGCUGCGCUCUUCUGGUCGAGCGAAAUGGAUCUCGAGAAGAGUUUCCCACAUGUUAAUUCCUGGUUGAAUCGUGUUAAGGCUCGCCCGGCUAUUGCCAAGACCAUUGAGGAUAACUUGAAGGCGAAGGUUGCGGCUGCGGAAGGGAAAUAA